AUGGGCAUCAAUAACCACUUGAAGCAGGGAGGGAUCAAAAACCCCGAAGAGCCUAUUGAGCAGACGAUCUUUACGCGAAUCUGGAUUUGUAUUGUGGAUGGACAGAGCCUCAAAGCACUUGGGAGCUCAGUGGCUGGGCUGAGCAGCAGCAUCCUGGAAAGAGUGCCUCCCAAGGCGGUCCUGGAUGCUGUGAAAGACCCAAGUUUUGCCAAGCAGCUGGAGAAUGUGUCACCCACUCUGAAAAUCGUGCUCGUGCAAAAGCUGAUGGCUGCUGUUGAUCCAUUAAGUGACUUAGUGAAAUACGUUCCUAAUGAACUGGUUCCCUAUAUACCGAAAGCAGUGCUGGCUCCUGGGAGUGAGUUCAACAUUGAAGACCUUAACAGCAAACCAUGGACCCCAAUACAGGCUGCCAUGUUUUUUGAUGAUGUCAUCAAGAAAGUCUCCAGUUACAGCAGCCUGUCCCCCCAUGUCCUGAGCGGUUUCACCUGUGCAGUCGCCAAUUCUUUGGACACUGAGAAAUCCCAACAGCUUGCCAAAGCCAUGAAGCAGAAGAAUGUCAAGCUAAGUGAAGAGCAGUUGAGCUGCCUAGCAAAGAUGGUGACCGCAGGAGGGAUCCCCAAGGAUUUGAACGACUACCCUAAAGAAUUGCUUCUCGUUUUAAGUCCUUCAGAUUAUGCCGUAAUUGGAAGCUGUAAAGAGUAUAUCAGUCGCAUUGGGGAAGCCAAUAUUGAUGUAUUGCAGAAAGGUUCCCCACAACGGACACAGCUGCUCUUGGAGGCCUUGUCCUGUCUGAAUAUCUCUGGCCCCAUUCUGAGCAAAGAAAAUGCACACAUUCUGGGCCACUUGGUCUGUGACUUGAAUGCCAACUACAUUGCAGUAUCUGGCGGGAAUUUCCUGGAGCAGUUAAAUCAGUGCCAGUCCUUCAGUGCUGAACAAGUCCAAGCAAUCCAAGCUCUCCUCGGCAGCGGAAACACCCACUACGGGCCUCCCGAAAAGUGGUCUUCAUCUACCCUGAAGAAACUGUCUGGUUUGCUUCCUGUACUUGAUCACAGCAUCCUGAAAAAAAUCCCCAGAGACGUUUUUACCCCAUGGCUGAGACUCUUCCUGCAUACUUCCCACCUACCAAGAAAACAGUUAGCCUCUGUUGUGGAAAGCCUCCAGUCCUCCAGGCGAAAACGUGCCUCAGCAUGUCCAGCCGACAAAACUGUAACAGAAGAAGUGAUUGGCGAUGAACUGAUGCCGCUCGAUUACACGCCUGAGGAGCUCCGUGUAUGUUUGACGGGCCAGGUCCUGACGGACAAUCUCGGUGUCCUGAUGCAGUAUGCUUUCACUGAUGAACAGCUGGCUGUGAUCAAGCAGAACCUCGAUGAGAUGUAUCCCAGAGGAUAUCCCGAGUCAGUCGUCCGCAAUCUGGGAAGCCUCUUUCCUAUCAUAACCUUGGAUGACAUUAAGAAAUGGAAGAUCACCUCCCCGGACACACUUGCUGCUUUGUUGGAGAAUCAGCCUGAUAACAACCUGGCCACCAUAAUUAUUAAGCAAUAUACCAAUUCCGGAGGCCCCCUGAAUGCCCUGGCACUGGAUGCAAUUGGAUCGAGAUACAUCUGUCUCUUGGAUGUGGAUCAGCUCAAGAAGAUAAAUGAAGUGGCCAUCAGGGAUGCCGACAAACUGGACCCUUCCAAUUGCUCCCAAACCACCAAAGAUAUUCUCUAUCCCCAAGCCAAGCGGGCUUUCUCCGACCGACACAACCAAUUCCCUGAUUAUUAUAACCUGAUCAAGCCAUACCUAGGUGGUGCCCCAGGUGAGGAUCUGAGAGCACUUAGCAAAGAUGGUGUCAACAUGGAUAUCUAUACUUUCAUGGGCUUAAGAAAUGACUCUGUGCUGGAACUAACUCCCGAUAGCGUGAAGGGUUUGAUGGGCAUGAACCUGAAAGAUCUGAAGAGCCAGGAGAACAAUUCCCCUCUCAAGGAAUGGAUUCGCAGACAGAGACAGUCGGAAUUGGACCCACUUGGGCUCACGGGUGGGCUACCGAAUGGAUACAUUAAUAUUACACCCAGAAUUAAUGUACCUCCAGAGACAUCUGCAGCCCCCCUUACCACCAAUGUCCAUGCCCUGCAAGUCUUCUCUGCAUUUCUCCUGACUCUACUGCUGACCUUCUUCCUUUCAUGAAGCUCUCCAGCACUCAAGAGGA